AAAAUCAGAGCAAAUGUGACCACGGCAUUACUUGGCCUAUUUUUAGGCAUGUGGUUGUAUAACUACCUUAACUGACAUAUUAGCGUUUAUAUGUUCAUAUAUUUAUUUACGCCUCUGUGCACAACAAUCGCGCAUAAAAACCUAUAUUGGCGAUCUGGCUUAGAGUUUAUUAAUGCAUUUUGGCAAUCCCACUACGAUGGAAGGCUUAACAUGGACACUCGCCGUCUGUACCCUGCUAGUUAUUGGGUCCUCUGCUGAAGAAUGCAAGGACAAGACGCCGAACACGUGCGCAAAAUCUGAUUAUAAGAACAAGUAUUGUUCUGGUGAAUAUGAAUGGGACUGGUUUAAGGAACAAUGCAAGAAGAGCUGCAACCUUUGCGGAACCAGCGAAUCCACACAGAACAGUACUGAUGAUGAAGAAUGUAAGGACGAAAAGCCGUUGAUGUGCAGUUUGUCUAAGGACAAGUUUUGCUCCGGUGAGAAAGAAUGGGACUGGUUUCAGAAGCAAUGCAAGAAAAGCUGCAACCUUUGCGGAACCGGCGAAUCCACACAGGAGACAACUGAUAAGGAGGGUAGCGAAUCCACACAGGGGGCAACUGAUAACGAAGGUAGCGAAUCCAUACAGGAGACAACUGAUAACGAAGGUAGCGAAUCCACACAGGGGGCAACUGAUGAGAAGGGUAGCGAAUCCACACAGGGGGCAACUGAUAAGGAGGGUAGCGAAUCCACACAGGAGACUACUGGUGAGGAAGCCGUCGCUACAGGCUGCGAAGACAUAAGAAGUAUUAGAUGUGAAAGCUUCAAGGAAAGGAACAACCUGAACUGCAACUUUAGAUACGAGAAGAAAUAUUGCAAGAAGACCUGCAAUUUAUGCAAUGAAAAAACUGGUUCAUCCCUAGAUCAGCUACAGACCAUUGCAGAAGAGAAACGCCAAGGAUCUGAAGGUUGCAAGGAUACAUUGCCUUCAUAUUGUGAAGAAGGCAAAAAAUACGAUUACAUGACAUGUGAAAGUUCUUUUGAUAAAAGAUCUUGCAAGAAGACAUGCAAUUUAUGCAAACCCGAGACUGGCUGCAGGGAUAUAAGUAACCUUUGCAAAUACUACACGGCUGAUGGCUCGCUAAAUUGUACUUUAUCCGGCCAUGGAGUAGAUUGCAGGAAAUCUUGCAAUUUAUGCGAUGACAACGGUGGGACUGCAGAGACUGGUUCACAGAUCAUUGCAGAUGCAGAAAAACGACAAGAAUCAGAAGACUGUAGGGACAUAAUGCCAGACUGUCUUAGACAAAAUAACGAAGACGGGCUGGACUGUGGCAAAUCCCACGUGCAAUUAAUUUGCAAGAAGUUCUGCAAACUUUGCCCAGGGGAUGCUGGUAUUGCUACAGCCUGCAGGGACAGGGAUUCUAAGUGUGGACUCUACAAGCAACGUGGAUUGCUGAAUUGCGCUAAUUCAAUGGAGAGAUACAAAUGCAUGAAUACCUGCAACGCAUGUGAUGUCAUCGGAGGAACUGAUUAACUGUGAAUAAUUGUAAACGCAUUGACCCGUAAAUGACUCAUCUGGAUGCGAAUGCUGCCCAACAUGUAUCAAAAGUGACGACACAUGAAAUGACAAUCCAAGCCUCUGUCCUGUUCUCGAAUGAAACAUCGUGGACUCAUAGACUUAGACGAUCAGUGGCUAUUAUAUAAUACUUCAAUUUAUUUCUGAAAUUUAACAAUGUCAAGUAUACGAAAUUGUUAGCAUUGUUUUUUUUUACUAUGUAUUCAAUUCAAUAACAUUUCUCUAAUAAAAAGCUUUUCAUCUUGCAAA